UCUUCUAUAUCAUACUUACUUGUCGAUGAACAACCCCGACGUCAAAAACGAGGUCUCAUUGAUUUUGGGGGCUCCAUCCUAAAAACCUUUUUCGGCACUUUAGACAAUGAAGAUGCGAUUAAAUUCACUGACGCAAUUGAACAGGUACAGACAGACGAAAAACAGUUGUCUUACCUGAUGAGAGACAAUAUACAUGUAAUUAAGUCAACUAUUUCAAAUUUUAAUAACUCUAUGUCUAAGGUCAAUGAAAACGAACAAAAUUUACUUAAGAAUAUGGACACCGUGAAUAAUAUGCUAAAUAAGAUUAGUAACUCUAACGAUAAGCUAGAAAUAAAAUCUCAAUUAAGUUCUUUAUUCAAUUCUUUAGAAGCUAUAAUUUUAACAUUAUCUUUCGAUAUAGAUGAUGUAAAUAAUGCUAUCCUUUUUGCAAAGCUAAAUAUAUUACAUCCUACUGUGCUUAGCCCUUAUCAAUUGUAUAACGAGUUAGAUAAGCAUAGGAAUGCUCUUCCUAAAAACCAUGAGUUGGCAGUAUCACUAACUCUACAAAACAUUCAUCAGCUAUUAGACAUUUCUAAACUCGUUUGUUAUUAUCACCUUAACAGAAUAGUUAUGUUAAUCAAGAUACCGCUCGUCUUACCUCAAACCUAUAAUCUAUUUAAUAUAAUCCCUUUACCCGUUCCUUACGACAUUUCAAAACCAGAUACUUUUGUACUUAUUGCACCUACAAGUUCUUAUGUAGCAAUUACAGCUGAUCAUAUGUUUUAUUCACCGAUAAAAGAUAUUGAGAAGUGUAAAGUGAUCAGUGGCAAGUGUUACGUGUGCGUGUUAACGAACGUAUAUUCGACAAUUGCGAAUCCUACGUGUGAAACAACCUUAAUCACCGAAGUAGUACAAAAUUUACCCGAUUCUUGUGAAGUUAAAUUGUUACAUGGACAUGUAGAUAUUUUUCAUAAGAUAAGUAAUAAUAGGUGGCUCUUUGCCCAAUCCGAACCAGGCAAAUGCCAUAUCACUUGUAAGAACAACCCUAUCAGUUAUGAUGAAAUUUUGUUUUCUAUUGGUAUUUUAAAAUUGCCAAAAAACUGUAAAGCUUUUCACAAAACUUUACAAUUUGAUCCUAUUACUGAAAACUACAUUUCCAAUAGUUCUAACAAACCAGUAGCACAGACCGUAGUGAUGUCGAAUGUGCAGGAAUCUUUCUCAGACACGGAAGAUGAGAUAAGGACACCAGUCACAGUCAAAAGGAAUAUAAUCCUUGCAUCUCAAAACCACUCACCUUAA